UUGGCCUGGUCCGAUCACCCUGGCCCCGAGGCCUUAUCAGAGGCGCCGCCCGCGGCCUAUAAUAGCUGGGCCGGCGUCUCCCUUUGCCUCCAGAGUGGCCUGUGACUUCGGCAGACAUGUUUCGCGCCUUGUGCCUCCUAGCUGUGCUCGCGACUGUCCGCGCCUGCAAGCCCUGUACUUGCGGCGUGCGUCGAGGUGCCCGCGUGGUGGGCGGAGGAGCUGUAACUCCUGGAGAAUUCCCGUGGCUGGCUGCACUCAUGAGAGAUGGCAAACAAAUUUGUGGCGCCACAGUCGUCGCUCGAGACCAUUUGAUCACCGCCACGCAUUGUAUUUUCGAAGUUGAAGCAUCUCGCCUUUCUGUGCUGGUUGGUGAAUAUGAUGUAAACAACACGAGAUCGGACGGAUUUCCGGUGUCCCAUGUGUUGCAACAUCCGGAUUUUAACAGAUACACAUAUGAUAAUGACAUUGCAGUCCUUCGCCUAGCUGAGCCACUGCCUGAUAGUCUUUAUCGGCCUGCGUGUUUACCUGAUGACGAUGAUGACUUUCUAGACGGAGGAGAUGCCAUAGUUUCCGGUUGGGGCAGUACCGUUGAAAAAGGACCGCCUUCCAACAUUCCCAUGAAAGCUGAAGUACAAAUAUGGUCUCAAGAAGAAUGUACGAAUGCUGGCUACGGUCGCCGUAAGGUAACACCGCGUAUGAUCUGCGCAAACGCACCGGAUCGCGACUCUUGCAGCGGCGAUUCUGGCGGACCAUUGAUUAUGGCUCAACCACAUUUCACACUUGUCGGAAUAGUUUCAUGGGGCCGCGGAUGUGCAAGACAAGGUUAUCCUGGAGUUUACGCACGCGUGGAUCGCUUUAUGCCCUGGCUAAAGAUUGCCCUGCGACACGCCUGCCUCUGCCAACCGCCUUCCUUCCAAUAACGAAAGAAUAUUACAAUUUAAUGUGAGGCUAAAACAAGCCAGUAGAGAGCUUUAAAUCUAUCAUAAGAGGCGUUAUUUAUAUAAUGUAUGUGACCUUUUCAAAGUGUACCUUUAACCGACGUAAUAUUGCCAUGUAUACCAAAGUAAUAUUGCAACGGAUGCUAAAAAUCAAAUGGUUUUAGACAUUUGAAUUAUAUUCUAAUAUAGCUGUAGGGUUACAUCAGUAUUAAGAAUAAUUAUGUUAUUGUUAUGUAUUCAUGCAUUUAA